AUGGCCAGUCAGUCCCAGGGCAUCCAGCAGCUACUGCAAGCAGAGAAGAGAGCAAAGGACAAACUGGAAGAAGCCAAAAAGAGGAAAAAUAAACGCUUACGGCAAGCAAAAGAGGAGGCUACAGCAGAUAUUGAUCAGUAUAAGCUAAAGAGAGAGACUGACUUUCGACGUAUCCAGACCUCUAUAAUGGGCUCACAAGGUAACUUGGCAGUGAAGAUAGAGGAACAGACCACUGAAAAGAUGCAGGCAUACAAUUCAAACUACCAGAAAUUCAAGGAGAAAGUAGUAAAGGAACUUCUGGAACUGGCCUAUGAUGUUAGACCAGAACUCCAUAAAAAUUUCAAGAACAAGCAGUAA